AUGUCUUCUGAUACCGGCAUCUCCUCCUCGACUACAGCCAGUGGAUCGCCGCCAAUUGAAUCGAAGGUCGUGGGAGAGGCGUUACGGUUGAGUCAUAUUGCUAACGACGAUAAGGUUCUGGAAAACCUGUGUGCAUUCUUGCCAUCAGCUGUAAUGAAAUUGCAAAGGCUGAGUAAAAUCUUCCACUGGAGGUUGGACUCAGAAAGGGUUGGAAAGAUACUCUCGAAAGUGGCUACUGAGUUGAAUAUUCUGUCUCUGGACCCGUUUCGGGUAGCGGCGUGUGGUAUGGUGGAUUUGCUGUGGUUGCUGAUAGUGACCAGUGAUAUCGACGUUAGGAGUUGUCGAGAUGACGAAGGAGGUACACUGUUGCAGCGAGCGACUCGGUCGGGCAAUUUGCCGACGAUGAUGGUGUUGUUGGAAAGAGGGUGCAACGUCAAUGCUAAAGGAUCGUCGGGUUAUACGCCACUUCACGAGGCAUGUUACUUGGUAGAAAAACCAGCAGUGUGCGAUCUACUGCUAACACGGGGGGCAAAUGUUGACGCUAUUUCUACGAAUGGUUCUACGCCACUCUUCGUGGCCUGUCGAGAGCCUAGGGGUGCUGCUGUGGCUGCGACGUUGCUGAGGUAUGGCGCGCAUCCUGAUGAUGGUGGUGAUAAGGGGUGGACGCCCUUGUUUGUGGCAGCAUUGACAGGCCAGGAGGAUACUGUUGCUUUGUUGUUGUCAUAUAGUGCAUGCAUAAACGAGGUGAAUCCUGUGGAUGGUCGAACGCCCCUGCACGCGGCUGCUGAGGUUGCGGCGAUUGAUGUGGUGGAGAUCCUCUUGAGGCAUGGUGCUGAUGUGCAUGCUACGGAUGUUGUAGGAAUGGAUGCCAAAUUUACUUUUGGAGGAAUUUUCCCGCGCGCGCCACGAAAUUGCAGAAUUUUCUCUCAGCAUGGGAAGACGCCGGCUGAAACGGUUGGUGUCGGGUUGGGCCCCGAGGUUUUGGCACAGCUUCAUGAGGAAGGGCUAUUGACUGAAGGGGAUAUGGUCGAUGAUGAGGAGCUGAUGAGGUUGAUGAUAGAACAUCCUAGGGCGAAGGCUGUUCGAGAGUUUACGGUAGAGUCAUUUGUGUGGAGUUUCCGAGUAGAAACAAUUUUCGAGAGUUUUGCAUUUUUAAUCGAAUUUGGUAUCAUUUGA